GAAAAUCAAGGAGGAGAGGCAGACGCGAGAAAAGCAGUUCGAGAAGUUCAAGGAGAAGUUCAAGGCGGACUUUCUGAAACAGAAGAAACAAUUCGAAGCGGAUAUGGACCGCCUGGACAAGGAGGCCGUACAGGUUGCAGAAUCCGGCGAGAUGGCUGCCAUACGCGUUCAGGCCAUUGUGAAUGGCACAGAACUUCCGGCCAUAGAAGCAAGUGCAACGAACGACGAUGGCUCCUGGGAGAGGCUGCUCCAAGAAGACGAAGAGGCCCCGGACACGGAGGCUUUCCAGGAAGCACUCAUGGCGGUCAGGCUGUUGAGGCAGCAGGGUGUGCUUCAUCCGAAGGCUCACUACAUGCAGAUCGACACAGACCGCGGCCAGGUACCACCACUGGUAAGAGUGAGCCAAGCAGCAGCGCCCUAUGUCAAUCCGGAUGGCGAUCGGCACCAACAGGGCGCGGACAAAGCGCCUUAUCUCACCUCGCCUUCCACGAGAUUAGGCGCGGCACUACCAGGAGGAGAAGCCGUCAAUCAUACUGUGAACCCAGUGCCUCCAGUGGUGGCACCCGAUCUUGGAGCACCUCCAGGCCUUACAGCCAAAGAGACGCGUGUCGAGACCCCUUCGCCGGGUCAACAGCAGCUGACAGCGAAACUGGAGGCAAAACGUCAGAGUACACGGUCUGCCUUGGCACCCUUCGGUCGAGCACUCUCGGAAGGAGUCGAGUCAGGGCAUGGCAGCUUGGGGAUAGUGGACGACGACCACGAGCCCCUCGAGCGCGAGGUGAGACAGGCGGACGGCCAAAGUCUACAGGACCUGGGCUGA